AUGGACCCUAUAAAGUUGCGCUUCUACCUGGAAAGGUAUGAAAAGGAAAAUGAAAAUAUUAAAUUCGUGGAAGAAUUCAUACCGAUGCCAAGCUCGAAAUCGGUUGCAACAAAGUUCUACGCAAAACAUGAUAUUAUACCUACCGAGGAGAUACCUUUAGAAUAUAUUAAAAUCAUUGCAAGAAGUGCAACCUUGACACCAAAGGAUAUUUACAAUUUUCGUCCUCCGACUGUUAAUAUGGAUUACGGCUGGUUCACUGACCCUCUCGUACCGAGAACGACAGAUCCAAGACUUUACUUCCCUAGAGCUGGCUGCGAUUUCAUAAAAAAUGAACUUAAACUUCGCCACCUCAACAAAGGCGUACCAGUUGAGAAAUUUACAGGUGCCCCAUUCAAGGUUCGGUAG